GCGCAGCCACUUGCGGGGGCGGGGAGGCUGCGGGGUCGGAGGCGCCUGGAGCAAGCGAAUCCUGGCCCACUGCCUGCCCAACCGCGUGACCUUGAACGAGUUAAUGAACUUCACGCCUCAACGGCCAGGUCUGUAAAAUGGGGUAUCUAACGCAGACCGCACAGCCCAGCUGUGUUUAGCAAACUUCCGGGAGCCGGUUGGAGCCUCUCCCAGUCCCUAGCGGUGAUACCAGGUGACGAUAUGCCGCGGGGCGUCCUGCGGAGGCCACCCUAGGGCGUUGCUGCUGCCUUUGGGAGUGUGGAGCUCCAAACCAUGUCGCGACAGGAUGAUUUCGGGAGGCCUGGAUCCUCGCGCCAGGGGGAUGUGCGAGGCGAUGGAGGUGCCCCAGCCGGAGCCCGCGCCAGGCUCGGCUCGCAGUCCGGCAUGCGUGCGCGGUGGCGCCCAGCGUCCCGGCCACCUCCCGGGCCUCCUGCUGGGAUCUCAUGGCCUCCUGGUGUCUCCGGUGCGCGCGACCGCUUCCUCGCCGGUCACCACCCUCACCCAGACCAUGCAUGACCUCGCCGGGCUCGGCAGCCACAGCCGCCUGACGAGCCUAUCCCUGUCUCGACGGGCAUCUGAAUCCUCCCUGUCGUCUGAAUCCUCCGAAUCUUCUGAUGCAGGUCUCUGCAUGGAUUCCCCCAGCCCCGUGGACCCCCAGAUGGCGGAGCAGACGUUUGAACAGGCCAUCCAGGCAGCCAGCCGGGUCAUUCGAAAAGAGCAGUUUGCCAUCAGACGCUUCCAGUCUAUGCCGGUGAGGCUGCUGGGUCAAAGCCCCGUGCUUCGGAACAUCACCAACUCCCAGGCGCCCGACGGCCAGAGGAAGAGCGAGGCGGGCGGUGGAGCUGCCAGCAGCUCUGGGGAAGACAAGGAGAACGUGCGCUUCUGGAAGACCGGGAUGGGAGCUCUCCGGGGAGAGGAGGGGGCAUGCUGGGGUGGUUUCCUGGCACGUGAGGACCCUCCUCUCCCAUCUUGGCUGCAGGAUGGGUUUGUCUUCAAGAUGCCAUGGAAGCCCACACAUCCCAGCUCCACCCAUGCUCUGGCAGAGUGGGCCAGCCGCAGGGAAGCCUUUGCCCAGAGGCCCAGCUCGGCCCCUGACCUGAUGUGUCUCAGUCCUGAGCGGAAGAUGGAAGUGGAGGAACUCAGCCCCCUGGCCCGAGGUCGCUUCUCUCUCACCCCUGCAGAGGGGGAUACCGAGGAAGAUGAUGGAUUUGUGGACAUCCUAGAGAGUGACUUAAAGGAUGAUGAUGCAGUUCCCCCAGGCAUGGAGAGUCUCAUUAGCGCCCCACUGGUCAAGACCUUGGAAAAGGAAGAGGAACAGGACCUGGUCAUGUACAGCAAGUGCCAGCGGCUCUUCCGCUCUCCGUCCAUGCCCUGCAGCGUGAUCCGGCCCAUCCUUAAGAGGCUGGAGCGGCCCCAGGACAGGGACACACCUGUACAGAAUAAGCGGAGGCGGAGUGUGACCCCUCCUGAGGAGCAGCAGGAGCCUGAGGAACCUAAAGUCCGCGUCCUCCGCUCAAAAUCACUGUGUCACGAUGAGAUUGAGAACCUCCUGGACAGUGACCACCGAGAGCUGAUUGGAGAUUACUCUAAGGCCUUCCUCCUACAGACGGUAGAUGGAAAGCACCAAGACCUCAAGUACAUCUCACCAGAAACGAUGGUGGCUCUGUUGAUGGGCAAGUUCAGCAACAUCGUGGAUAAAUUUGUGAUUGUGGACUGCAGAUACCCCUAUGAGUAUGAAGGCGGGCACAUCAAGACUGCGGUGAACUUGCCCCUGGAACGCGACGCCGAGAGCUUCCUGCUACAGAGCCCCAUCACACCCUGUAGCCUGGACAAGAGAGUCAUCCUCAUUUUCCACUGUGAAUUCUCAUCUGAGCGUGGGCCCCGCAUGUGCCGUUUCAUCAGGGAACGAGACCGUGCUGUUAACGACUACCCUAGCCUCUACUACCCCGAGAUGUAUAUCCUGAAAGGCGGCUACAAGGAGUUCUUCCCUCAGCACCCGAACUUCUGUGAACCCCAGGACUACCGGCCCAUGAACCACGAGGCCUUCAAGGAUGAGCUGAAGACCUUCCGCCUCAAGACUCGCAGCUGGGCUGGGGAGCGGAGCCGGCGGGAGCUCUGUAGCCGGCUGCAGGACCAGUGAGGGCCUGCAUCAGUCCUGCUACCUCCCUUGCCUUUCCAGGCCUGAAGCCAGCUGCCCUAUGGGCCUGCCAGGCUGAGGGCCUGCUGGAGGCCUCAGGUGCUGUCCAUGGGAAGGAUGGUGUGGGUGUCCUGCCUGUCUGCCCCAGCCCCGAUUCCCCUGUGUCAUCCCAUCAUUUUCCAUAUCCUGGUGCCCCCCACCCCUGGAAGAGCCCAGUCUGUUGAGUUAAGUUGGGUUAAUACCAGCUUAAAGGCAGUAUUUUGUGUCCUCAAGGAGCUUCUUGUUUCCUUGUUAGGGUUAACCCCUCAUCUUCCUGUGUCCUGAAAAGCUCCUUUGUGUGUGUGUCAGCAGAGGCUGGGGGAGAGCCAUGGUCCCCGAGGAUGGGUCAGAGCUAAACUCCUUCCUGGCCUGGGAGUCAGCUCUCUGCCCUGUGUACUUCCCAGGCCAGGACUGCCCCUAACCUCUGUAGGAACCGUGGUAUGUCUGCCAUGUUGCCCCUUUCUCUUUUCCUCUUUCCUGUCCCACCAUACAAGCACCUCCAGCCUGAACAGAAGCUCUUACUCUUUCCUAUUUCAGUGUUACCUGUGUGCUUGGUCUGUUUGACUUUAUACCCAUCUCAGGACAUUUCCGUAGACUGUUUAGGUUCCCCUGUCAAAUAUCAGUUACCCACUCAGUCCCAGUUUUGUUGCCCCAGAAAGGGAUGUUAUUAUCCUUGGGGGCUCCCAGGGCAAGGGCUAAGGCCUGAAUCGUGAGCCUGCUGGAAGCCCAGCCCCUACUGCUGUGAACCCUGGGGCCUGACUGGUCAGAACUUGCUGCUGUCUUGUUGCGGAUGGAUGGAAGGUUGGAUGGAUGGGUGGAUGGCCGUAGAUGGCCAUGGAUGCACAGUGCCUUGCACACCCAAACCAGGUGAAAGUGUUUUGGUGAGCAUGACAGCCUGCAGCAGGAAUAUAUGUGUGUCUAUUUGUGUGGACAGAAAUCUUUACACUUAGGGUUUGGAUCUAUUCAAGAGGAAAUAUUCAAGUCACAGAAGCAGCUAAACCAAGGACUCAGCACCCUAUGGAUUCUGAAUCUCAAGAUGGGGGCAGGGCUGUGCUUGAAGGCCCUGCUGAGUCAUCUGUUAGGGCCUUGGUUCAAUAAAGCACUGAGCAAGUUGAGAAACCA